GAAAUAAGCCUCUAGACGUGCAAAUAGUAACAAUGAGUAAACCAAUGCAGACAAAACAUGUCUUCAAUUACAAUCAACAUUUAUAGCGUCAUAAGUGAUGAAAGCAUGAAAAAAUGUAAAUUGGCUGAAAAUUGCCGCAAAUUAUUUUCCAUGACGACAGCUGCAAUUGGCAAUCAUUUUUCAAAAUUAUUUUUUUAAAUAGCCAUUAAUUGGACAAUUUAGUAGAAAACACCCAUCAGUCAUCCGUAACAUGAAUACGAGUGAUAGAAGACAAACGAUUUACUUUUUUGGGGCCAGUUUUCUAACCAGUCUAUCGUAACUGCCUUAAGAGCUCCUUGAAAUGGUCACAAUGGAUGGCAAUAAUUUUGUAAUUGAGCAACUAAUUGCUCACAAUUUGCAGGUUUAAAGAAACAAAAUGAACAUUAAAUUCUUGCAACUACUUCUCUGCACUUUGUGGAUUUUGGAAAAAUGUGAGGCGGAAUUGGAAAUUGUGAGCCAGUGGAACUUGUUGCAGUUCGAUCCACCUUAUGGGUACAGUGCGGUUGAUUUCAGACCAGAAAACACUGUAUUCACCGGUUUGGAAGUAACAGCGGACCGAAUAUUCCUUGGAGCGCCCCGCCUAAGAGCGGGUAUUCCUGCAACAUUAUUUACCAUUCCCCGAAACAUUCCCUUAGGGUCCAGCCCUAAACCCCAACCAUAUCCCGACUGGUCGUAUCAUGGUGCCGGCUUGGGAUUGGACAACGAAACCACCUGCGCGGGUUUGGUCUCUGUUUACAGAAUGAGGCUGGACUCUUGUGGAAGAUUAUGGGCUCUAGAUUCGGGAAUAAUGACAUCGGUUGACGACUUUCAAAGAAUAUGCAACCCCAAAUUGGUGGUUUUCGACUUGAAAACGAACCAGCCAGUUAGAACCGUGAUCUUUCCUAGACAAGUACUGAGACCUGCGUCCUUACUGGCCAACCUGAUCAUCGAUGAAACCAUUCAGGGAACUUGCGAUUCAGCCUUUGUUUAUCUGGCAGAUACCGCUGCUCCAGGAAUUGUUGUGUAUGAUGCACUUCGGGACCGAACUUGGAGAGUCACUCAUCCGAGCAUGUUCCCUGACCCCAACUUUGCUACUUAUACCAUUACAGGCGAAAGUUUCACUUUGCCUGAUGGCGUAGUGGGAUUGGCCCAUUCGCCUAAGUUAGCCACCGUUUUUUACCAACCUUUGGCUACUGAUAGAAUUUUCAGUAUCCCAACUGCCACUCUAACCAAGGGCCCACCAGCUGAAUUCGAAGACAUUCCCGUGACUCUGGCAGGGAGAAAAUCCUCUCAAGGGUUGGGUUUGGCUCUGAAUCCAGCUGAUGAUACUCUAUACUUUAGUCCUUUGACCGAAACCUCAAUAGCAUCAUGGAAUCCGUUGACUAACAAGCAAAGCAUUGUGGCUUUCGAUCCAAACUUGAUUCAAUUCGCAUCCGAACUGAGAUGGAUAGAAGGCAGUCUAUGGUUUCUAAGCACCAGGUUCCAGAAAUUCUUUAAAAGAACUGUGACGCCCAAUGAAAUCAACCUGAGAGUCAUCAGAGUUCCGAAUACCAACUACAACAAUCUGAACAAUAACUUGUACUUAAAAAAGUAGAGCUGUUGGAACAACUCGGCUUUAAUACCUCUGGAUCAAGACUUAUAUUUAGAAAUUUUUUAAAUGUAUUUUCCCUAGGCGCUACCAAAUUUUAUUGUAUAAUCACAGUCAUCUACCUCUUUGUAUGGCCCCCGUUAUAUGGCGUUGUUCUAUAUCUACCAGAUAGUUUAACAACAUUGCUUUAUUCACAGUAUAUACUUGUUUCCAAAUAAGACCCUUGCUUAGUAUUGUACAUACCCAAUUUAAAUAGUAUCAUUUAGUGUUUUUACCCAGUUUUUGUAUUUAUUUUUGUACUUUUGU